UUGUAACUACAAAUUUGUCUUGUCUAAGUGUCCAAUCACAUUAUAAAACAGAACGCCCAUCUCUACAGUACAGCAUCCUCUGAAGCAACAGGAGUCAUAAAUGUACAUUUUGGGGGAUUCUCUAAUUUUUCUGACCCUCUGAUUUCCACAGGACUUUAAGUUGCGUCCCCUGAGGUCAAGCAACACAAGAUGGUUUUGGAAGUGCUGAACUCAGUGCAUUAUAACGUCACCAGCAUGGUGACCGAAGUUGCGCCUGUUGCCAGCAUUGCAAUCCUGCUGUUCACUGGCUUUCUUCUCCUGGUUUGGAAUUAUGAGGACACAUCCUCAAUACCAGGUCCUGGCUACUUUCUGGGAAUUGGGCCCCUCAUUUCCCACUGCAGGUUCCUCUGGAUGGGGAUUGGCAGUGCCUGCAAUUACUACAACAAGAUGUAUGGAGAAUUCAUGAGAGUCUGGAUAUGUGGAGAGGAAACCCUCAUUAUUAGCAAGUCUUCGAGUAUGUUCCACAUAAUGAAGCACAGUCACUACACAUCCCGAUUCGGCAGCAAACUUGGGUUGCAGUGCAUUGGCAUGCAUGAGAAAGGCAUCAUAUUUAACAAUAAUCCAGCACUCUGGAAAGCCGUUCGACCUUUCUUUACAAAAGCUUUGUCUGGCCCCGGCCUGGUGCGCAUGGUGACCAUCUGUGCUGAUUCCAUCACCAAGCAUCUGGACAGGCUGGAGGAGGUCCGCAACGAGUUGGGCUAUGUGGAUGUGUUGACCCUCGUGCGAUGCAUCAUGCUGGACACCUCUAACAAGCUCUUCCUGGGGAUCCCCUUGGACGAAAGGGCCAUUGUGGUUAAAAUCCAGGGGUAUUUUGAUGCAUGGCAAGCUCUCCUUCUCAAACCAGACAUCUUCUUUAAGAUUUCUUGGCUAUGCAGAAAGUAUGAAAAGUCUGUCAAGGAUUUGAAAGAUGCCAUGGAAAUUCUGAUAGAAGAAAAAAGACAGAGGAUUUCAACAGCAGAGACACUGGAAGACUGUAUGGAUUUUGCCACUGAGUUGAUUUUUGCCGAGAAACGUGGUGACCUGACAAGAGAGAAUGUAAACCAGUGCAUAUUGGAAAUGCUGAUCGCAGCGCCGGACACCAUGUCCGUCUCUGUGUUCUUCAUGCUGUUUCUCAUUGCAAAGCACCCCCAGGUUGAAGAGGCAAUAAUGAAGGAAAUCCAGACUGUUGUUGGUGAAAGAGACAUAAGGAUUGAUGAUAUGCAAAAACUAAAAGUGGUAGAAAACUUUAUUUAUGAGAGCAUGCGGUACCAGCCUGUCGUAGACCUGGUCAUGCGCAAAGCCUUAGAGGAUGAUGUCAUCGAUGGCUACCCAGUGAAAAAGGGGACUAACAUUAUCCUGAAUAUUGGAAGAAUGCAUAGACUCGAGUUUUUCCCCAAGCCCAAUGAAUUUACGCUUGAAAACUUUGCCAGGAAUGUUCCUUACAGGUACUUUCAGCCAUUUGGCUUUGGGCCCCGGGCCUGUGCGGGAAAAUACAUUGCCAUGGUGAUGAUGAAGGUCACCCUGGUCACACUGCUGAGACGCUUCCACGUGCAGACGUUGCAAGGUCGAUGUGUUGAAAAGAUGCAGAAGAAACAUGACUUAUCCUUGCACCCAGAUGAGACCAGCGACCGUCUGGGAAUGAUUUUCAUCCCAAGAAAUUCAGACAAGUGCCUCAACCACUAA